AUGGCUACUACAACUACCACCUCGACACCCGUACCCCGCGACCCCACCGCCGACGAAGCCCUCGCCUUGUUCAAAGCGAUUGAAGAAAAGUUUCCGGCUAAAACGCUUGGAGAGGAUAAGUGGUAUCUUCUCGCUCUCGCAAAUAUAGUCAGCGGCGGCCAACCCAACUUCGCUCCUUUACUGUAUAAACACGUAAUUGUGCGACCUGAGUUCCAGAGUGCGGAGGAGAGACAGAAGCUGCUGCGGCGCAUGCGCGAGGUACUGUUUAAACUCGUGAUUAUCGUCGGUGUGUGUAAGCCGCUUGAAGCGGUAUUUGAUCUCGAUGCUGCUGUGGAGAGGGACGAGGACAGGGUUUUGACUGGUACGCGGCAAGACUGGCAAUGCGACGAAGCGAAUUUGCAGCGCGGCGAAGCGUGGUUGAGCCGGCUGUACAAGCACAAUCUCCAGGGUGUGAUUAAUAAUACGUUUGAGGGUAACAAGGACUUUGAUUGGCUUACGAAAAACAUCACCUACGGCCUCUUUCUGUCUGAUCGCAAUGUCUUGAACGAUGUUGAGACGGAGAUGACGGUUGUAACGGGAAUUGUCAUGCAGAAUCUCCCCCGCGAAUCGGCGUGGCAUAUGCGGGGAUUGCGGCGGAUUGGAGUGGCGAAGGAGGAUGUUGAGGCUAUUCGGGAGUGUUGUGAGCUUUCGGCGAAAUUUUGUGGCAUUAGUUUGCACAAGGUGCCAAGAGUGGAGGAUAUUGAGCAUGAGGUGUAG